CAAUAUAAUUUGAAAUUAAAGUUGACAUUUUAAAUAAUAAACUUAAUAUUAAAAAUGGUUUUUAAAUCAUUAACUCUUUUCGCGCGUUCCCGCGGUCCAGAUGAAUUUUGGCGUAAAAGAAAAAUCUUUAAAAUGUCGGCUCACUUUCAUAAUCGGAGGCGAAAUUGUUAUUCAAUAGCAAUCAAAGGUGUAAACAGAGCACUCAUGUUUUGUUUCAGAGGCAGAAGAUUAAAACGUCAACAACUUCGUGAAUUAUGGGACACAAGACUGGAAGCAGCUUGCAGCCAACAUGGAAUAUCAACUAAAAUUUUACAAGAAGGAUUAACUAGAAAUGAAAUUCUGCUUAAUCGUAAAGCCCUCGUAGAUUUAGCGAUCUGGGAACCGAGGACAUUUAAAUCCUUGGCAAAAGUAGCAUGGGCGAGAUGUAAAAUCGACGGACUGAAUACAGUAAAAGAAUUGCCUCUUCCCGGUGGUAUCAUCACUCGCGGAAUGCUGAAGUAACCCAACUCAUCAUUUAUUAUAAAUUAUAUAUAAAGUGUAUUAGAAUUAAAAAUAAUAUGUUGUGCAUUUGAAGCUUUAUUUGGCCUGAAUAGUUACACCGUUAAUUAAAUAUAUCAUCAUCAACAAUAAACUCUAGUUGUUUUAUUAUUUAAAAAUACAAUUCUCUAACUCCAUUAUGGAGAAGUUUAAAUUUAUUGUUCAUA